AUGAGAUUUAGGUUUCUGGGCACAGCCAAUUCUGCCACUUUUGAGGCUUCCCUUCCCCUUCCACUCGCCCCUCUCUGGUUCUCUGCCACCAGUCCAGAAGAACUGAGUGUCGUGCUGGGGACCAACGACUUAACUAGCUCAUCCGUGGAAAUAAAGGAGGUCGCCAGCAUCAUUCUUCACAAGGACUUUAAGAGAGCCAACAUGGACAACGACAUUGCCUUGCUGCUGCUGGCCUCGCCCAUCACACUCGAUGACCUGAAGGUGCCCAUCUGCCUCCCUACGCAGCACGGCCCCGCCACAUGGCGCGAGUGCUGGGUGGCAGGUUGGGGCCAGACCAAUGCUGCUGACAAAAACUCUGUGAAAACGGAUCUGAUGAAAGCGCCAAUGGUCAUCAUGGACUGGGAGGAGUGUUCAAAGGUGUUUCCAAAACUUACCACAAAUAUGCUGUGUGCCGGAUACAAUAAUGAGAGCUAUGAUGCCUGCCAGGGUGACAGCGGGGGACCUCUGGUCUGCACCCCAGAGCCUGGUGAGAAGUGGUACCAGGUGGGUAUCAUCAGCUGGGGAAAGAGCUGUGGCGAGAAGAACACCCCAGGGAUAUACACCUUGUUGGUGAACUACAACCUCUGGAUCGAGAAGGUGACCCAGCUAGAGGGCAGGCCCUUCAGUGCGGAGAAAAUGAGGACCUCUGUGAAACAGAAACCUAUGGGCUCCCGAGUCUCGGGAGCCACAGAGCCAGGCAGCCUCAGAUCCUGGCUCCUGCUCUGUCCCCUGUCCCAUGUGUUGUUCAGAGCUAUUUUGUACUGAUAAUAAAAUAGAGGCUAUUUUUUUAACCAAGGGAGGGUGCAUGAAAAUGUGUCUCCAGCAGAGUCUCUGGCUGCAGCUCAGGGCUCAAGGAUGGAAACUGAGACUGGAACCAGGAGGACCAGAAAGUCAGGCUGGGGCCCUGGUUUGGGGACUGCACUUUGGGUCUGUGAAUUAGUCAGGACUCUUUCCAUUGUAGGUGACAGUCACCUAAUUCUGACUGAAUUCAGCCAAAAUGAGGCAUUUAUGGAUACAUAUAACAGGAAAAAAUAAAAAUAAAAAUCCGACACCCAAAUAUCCAGGGCAGGCAUGAUGACUUCAGGCGUGGCUGAGUCGAGGGGCUGAAAGGUGAAGGCAGUGACUGUUGUCUGUGGCCAUUUCCCUCAAGAAGGGCUUCUCAGUGGUGGCCAU